GUAGUUUGGUUUAGGCUGGACUGCAGACUGGCUUUUGCAGCAAUGACUCCCAUCAAGUUGCUGGUGCAGCCUACACAGAGGCCAGAAGGCCGCACCUACGCCGAAUACGGGUCGGUGAACGAAUGCAUGGAAGGCAUCUGUAAGAUGUACGAGGAGCACCUGAAGAGGUUGAACCCCCUCAGCCAGUCCAUCACCUAUGGCGUCAGUCAGCUGUUUGAGUUUAUCGACCGCAUGGUAGACCUCAGCUGCCUGGUGUUCCGCGAAGAUACCCAGACCUACAAGCCUCACAGCCGAGAAUGGGUCAAAGAGAGGAUCUACAUGCUUCUCAGUCAGCAGGCGCAACGAGACGAGUCAGAGUGAUCUUCUAGAAGCUUCCAGGGCUGGGGCUGUCUCGGACCGCCGGGAACAUUUCUGAUCGAAGCAGCAGGAACAAGCUGGAGCGAUGAGCCAUUUUCCAUGGAAGGCUGCCCCUAACCUGUGAAUAAUUUCUCUUCACGUGAGCUUUGAGAAUAUUUGUCCUUGAAGGUUUUAUUGUCACCUGCCAAUAAAGUUUAAAACAAAUCACAGUAAACGAAUCACUGUAAACUGUU